AUGAAGCUCCUCUCCGCUGGCGCGCUGGCUCUUGGCCUCGCUAACUUGCCUAGCACUUUUGCUUGGGGCAGUCUCGGUCAUAUCACCACCGCUUACCUCGCCAGUCACUUUGUCGCAAACACCACCGAGGCUCACCUCAAGUAUAUUCUCUAUAAUGACGGGGAAGACUAUUUGGCGAAAAUAGCAUCAUGGGCAGACUCAAUUCGCUACACAGAUUGGGGUCGAUACACCAAGACCUUUCACUUCAUCGACGCUCAUGACAGCCCUCCUAAUAAGUGUGACGUCGACUUUGAGCGCGAUUGCAAGGACGAUGGUUGUGUCCUCACCGCCCUCAAGAACUACACCCAGCAGUCAGUUGAGCCUCAGUUGCCCUUCUGGCAGCGCAACCAGGCCGCCAAGUUUGUCGUUCACUUUAUCGGGGAUCUGCACCAGCCUCUACAUAACGAAAAUGUCGAAAAGGGAGGUAACGGUCUUGCAGUGACAUUUGACGGCCGCACAUUCAACCUCCACCACGUCUGGGACAGUUCUAUCGCCGAGAAGCUGUUGGGUGGUCUGCACGGCGACCCCUUCAAGCUCGCCAACAGCUGGGCUAACCAGCUUGCAGUCGAGAUCACAGACGGCAAGUUCGCAGAGGCAAAAGACGCGUGGUUGAAGGAUCUAGACUUCAGUGACCCCAUCAGCACGGCACUUGCUUGGUCCCGAGAGGCCAAUGCGCUCGUCUGUACUCACGUUCUGCCCGAGGGUGCCGAUGCCAUUGUCGGCCAGGAACUCGGAGGCGAGUACUUUGAGAAGGCUGCCCCGGUCAUUGAAGAGCAGGUUGCCAAGGCCGGUUACAGAAUGGCUGCCUGGCUGGACAAGAUCGUUGAGGCUUACAAGGAUGUUGAGCAGAAGCAGAUGUCUGAGGAGCUCUGA